GGCGUGGUGCUGGCCGCAGACGCGGCCGCUGCCCUGGCCGACCAGCCGGGUGCCAGCGCCGCGCAGCGUCAGGCUGCGGCCAUGGCCAACUUGGCGGUGCGGGAGGAGCGGGCAGCUGCCGCAGCGGCCAGCCACAAUGCCUGCGCUGCACUGAUGGAGGAGCAUGGGGAGCGGGGCACUCGCUGGUUCCAUCGGCAGGCUGACGAGCCAGCAGCCGGCGCGCAGGAGCCCAUCACGCACUUGAAGGUGCCGGGGCAACCGGCGCCUGUGGCGCUCACGGGGCCGGGCACGCGCAACACUGUCUCCGCCGCCGCCGCAGCCAUGUACAGCAGCACCAGCCCCACCGGCCUGUUCCGCGUGCAGCCGGUCUGUACGGCGUCGCAGCAACAGCUUCUGGCGGCCAUUGACCGCAAGGUUCCGGCGGAUCUGCAGGCCGCCGCAGAGGGGUCCGGUGACGGCGCCCUCAGUGAUGCCGAGCUGAUGGCAGCGCUGGCUGGCUCCGCCAAUGGUAAAGCGCCUGGGUCGGAUGGGGUGCCGUACGAGGUGUACAAGGUUUUCUGGGCGCUGCUGGGUCCGCGCUUGUGUGCUGCUGCUGCCGCUGCCUUUGCUGCCGCUGCAGACGCCCACGAUGGCGGCGAAAUGGCGGCGGCGCUGCCCGCCUCCUGGCGGGAGGGCAUCAUCACGCUCAUCUACAAGGGCAAAAGCCUGGACCGCGCCGAGCUGGCGUCCUACCGGCCCAUCACGCUGCUCAACUGCGACUUCAAGAUGGUGUCCAAGGCCGUCAGCGCCCGCCUGCAGCCCGCCCUGGAUGCAGUUGUGGAUGAGCUGCAGACCGCGUUUAUCACCGGCCGCUGGAUUGGAGACAACGCGCUGUACCUCCAAGGCCUGAUCGAAUGGAUGCGCCUGGACGUGGGCGCGGACGGCACGCCACGGCAGGGUGGUGCGCUGUACUUCUUGGACAUAGAAAAGGCGUAUGACCAGGUGCACCGGCAGUGGCUGUAUGCGUCCGCAGAGGGACUGGGGUUUGGGCCGCGCAUGCUGCGCUGGAUCCGCCUGCUCACUGCCAACGGCUCUGCCCGCGUGUGUGUGAACGGGAUGCUCUCUGACGCCUUCCCAGUGCUGAACGGCUUGCCGCAGGGCAGCACCGCCUCACCACCCCUGUGGGUCAUCCAGAUGCAGCCACUGACGUCCUUUCUGCGGCGGCAGGUGGAGCAAGGGGCACUGCGCACGCCCCUGUUACCCAGCGGCGAGCAGGCACCGCCUGCUGCCCACCACGCUGACGACACGACCCUCACGGCGCGCGACCCGGCAGUGGACGGGCCGGUCCUGAUGGCGGCAGUACAGCUGUUCUGCCGCGCGUCCAACGCCGUGUCCAUCCGGACAAGAGCAAGGCCAUGGGCCUUGGCAGCUGACUUGUACACCCGGCGGGCUCGCGGCAUGGCGUUUGUGGCGCGUCUGUGGGCUGCCCUGUCUCUGACCCUGGUUGGCCGUGUGCACAUUGCGAAGCAGGUGUUGGCGGCGAAGCUGGCCUACCACUUCAGCUUCCUCAACCCGUCGCCUGCACAGCUGAAGGAACUCACCGACCUGGUGGACCACUUUGCUGCGCGCUCCAUGCACGCUGAGGACGCCAGCCUGGUGUCGCAUGGGAACCCGCUCCUGCUGCCCAAGCGGGAAACGGCCUGUCUGCCGUACAAGGAUGGGGGUGUCAACCACGUCGACCUGCCUGCGUUCCUGUCUGCCCUGCAAGCUAAGACUUUUGCCCUCCUUGCCCAGCCAGGCCGGCAACCCUGGAGGACGCUCACCCGGGCGCUGCUUACCCAUGUGCGCCCGGACUCCGCCACCACGUGGGCGUGGGUGUACAGCGACGCGCCAGCGCCAGCGGGGCUGCCUGCCCGGCUGGCGGCCGCAGUCGGCCACUUUCUCACCGCACAGCUCAAGGCGGCUAAGCUGGAGCACUUUGUUGCCAUCUGGUCGGCGGGUGGCGCGCUUUGUGAAGUGGAGGAGGUUCAGGCGGCGCCGCCACAGUGGCGGGUUAGCCUGGACCAGCUGUGGGUGGCUAAUGCUGCGGGGGCUGUGUCCUACGUCCACUACACGGGGCGGCUCGUGGAGCCUGGGCCUGGCGUGCUGCCCCCGGCGGUGGAUGGCGCGUGGCAGCCUGCCUGUGUGCUGCAGCAUCGCAAGCCGCGGCACCUGUGGACCUUUGAAGAUCGGGCGGCGUACGAUGCAGCAUCACCAGGGGACCGGGCGGGGGCGUGGCCUCGGGCGCCGUACUUCCUGGCGCCGGAGGCUGGGGUGGUGGUGCACCCGGAGCACUGCCGGAUUGCGGGUGUCAGCUUGGCGGACUACACAGUGCGGGACGUGCGGCGGGCCAUCACCGCGGCUAACCCGGCCGCACCUCCGCCUCCGGCCGGCCCCGCAGCCAUGCCGUGCCCGGCGCCAGCACAGCAGGCGGGGGGUUCGGGGACCCAGCCGGCGGCACAGUCGCGGCUGGCGGAGCGGGAGGCGGAGUGGCAGCAUGCAGCGGCGCAGCUGACCACCACGGCGGCGCAGCACUUCAACAAUAACCCGGUGGCUCUGGACCCCUGGCUCCACCGCACCUCUGCGGCAGCCGGGCUGCAGAACACGCCGGCGAGAGAACUGCAGUCGUAUGCAUCCCCGUUCCAGCACUCGGGUGAGGGGCCGCGGCGUUCCGCGCGGCUGCAGGAGCAGGCGGCGGGCGGGGCGGGACCUAGCACGGGGCCUGCCACGGCGGCGGCGGCAGCAGCGGUGGCGGUGGAGGGCGACCCUCGCACGCCGCCCCCGGAUGCGUCCCUUCUGCGGGCUUAUGCGCAGGCGAGGACGUGGCUGCAGCAGCUGUGGGCCUGCGUUGCGCCCCAGGCAGCGGCGCCGCCAGUGACGGACGCGGGCUUCAUGCUGGGGGACCGCAUGGGUAUGUGGGCCUCAGGCCCGCGGGGGGCGGGCGCGCUGCUGUGGAGCACUUUGCGGGCCACCUUCUUGUACACCGUCUGGUGUGCGUACUGGUCCCGCGAGCCUGCUAAGCAGACGUCGGAGCAUGUGGUUCGGGAGGUGGUCAGCGAGCUGCGCAGGGUGAUGCAGCUGCGUUUCACUGCCGCCACGCUAACCCCUGAAACCCUGUCGGCUCUGCCCACACAGCUUCUCACCGCGCAGCUCAAGGCGGCUAAGCUGGAGAACUUUGUUGCCAUCUGGACGGCGGGUGGCGCGCUUUGUGAAGUGGAGGAGGUUCAGGCUGACCUGUUCACCCGGCGGGCUCGCGGCAUGGCGUUUGUGGCGCGUCUGUGGGCUGCCCUGUCUCUGACCCUGGUUGGCCGUGUGCGCAUUGCGAAGCAGGUGCUGGCGGCGAAGCUGGCCUACCACUUCAGCUUCCUCAACCCGUCGCCUGCGCAGCUGAAGGAACUCACCGACCUGGUGGACCACUUUGCUGCGCGCUCCGUGCACGCUGAGGAUGCCAGCCUGGUGUCGCACGGGAACCCGCUCCUGCUGCCAAAGCGGGAAACGGCCUGUCUGCCGUACAAGGAUGGGGGUGUCAACCACGUCGACCUGCCUGCGUUCCUGUCUGCCCUGCAAGCUAAGACUUUCGCCCUCCUUGCCCAGCCAGGCCGGCAACCCUGGAAGACGCUCACCCGGGCGCUGCUUACCCAUGUGCGCCCGGACUCCGCCACCACGUGGGCGUGGGUGUACAGCGACGCGCCGGCGCCAGCGGGGCUGCCUGCCCGGCUGGCGGCCGCGGUCGGCCACCUUUGAAACAGUCGACGUCAUUUCUCUCGCGCUGUUUGACUUGCUUCCUUUUGUUUUAGGCUUCUUAAGGCCUACGAACCACUGUGACGCAGUUUGCAUUUGUGGGCGUGCUCGUUUUUUGUCAGUCCACUUUGCAGCUGUAGCGCGACACUCCCUCUCCAGCGCCCUUCAGCCUAUGCCAGCUUGUGCUUUGGAACUCGACACCGCUAUGGAAUAGGAUUCUGGCGGUUCAGGAGCGUCGCCGUGGAGUUGGCGACAUUUCGCUUGUCGGCAUUUUAACAUCUCGGCGA